ACUCUAAUCCUGGGUGUUUCACUGACUUCAGCAGCCCCACAGUGAUGUCAUUGUGAUGUCAAUGCCUGUAAAUUGUAAUCUGGCUGUGAAGUUGCCGGGUGACCACUCCGGUGCACAGAGAGGGGAAAACGCACAGGGAGAGGUUUCUGAGCGAAAGCAGAGGAGGGUCGACUGUGCCGAGGUGUUACACGGCCGCGGUGCUGGAUUAUCUGAAACGAGAGAUGGCUGUCACCGGGGACGAGACCGAGUCAGCUGCCACUGGAGAUAUACCUGUUUACCAGCUGAGGGCGCCAAACUCAGGCCUGACUCACAGUGUUGUGAUGGCAACAUCACCGGGCGGACUACCGAGUCCUUCAGCCCAGCACGCUGAAGACAUCACCCACAAGAGAGAAGUCCGUCUGAUGAAGAACAGGGAGGCAGCCCGCGAGUGUCGUAGAAAAAAGAAAGAAUAUGUCAAGUGUCUGGAAAACCGAGUGGCCGUCCUGGAAAACCAGAACAAGACCCUGAUUGAAGAGCUGAAGGCGCUGAAGGACAUUUACUGCCACAAAGCAGAGUGACAGUGGCCCCCUGUGGUCACGUGCACUCUCACAGAAAAUGUACAGACGCCACAUCGUUUACAAACUGCUACACAAAAAAAAAGAAAAAGAAAAAAAGACUGGUUCAAAAACGGAUUUGACCCUGUUUGUUUUCCUGUCGACUCAGACCCGGGUUCAUGCCAAAUUCAGAAGUGUCCCGGGGCAAACGGAGAGCUCCAGUUUGCCACUUUUGCUCUCGUUCAUAUCUUGUGACCUGCUGUUGAGACUCAAGUGUUGUGCGCUUUGCUUUCUAUCGCCGCUGUGCACAGGCGAGGCCGGCCAAUCAGAGCAGCUGGAAGAAUAGGAACAGGAAGAAGGAAUACAGGUGCUUCCUGCAAAAAAUACUGCUCGCGCAGUCCAGCCAGGUCGCGUUAUCAGCAAGUUCCUCUGAGGUCAAACCAAGUGCACGCAGAUCCACCACCAGCCGCAAUGAGGCAUCUGAACUGAACUGCAUUUGCCCAAUAUUGGCAUUUUGUGUCAUUUAAAGUUGUGGGUAUUUUU